AUGAACUUAAAUGUAGGAGGGAAAGUGUUUUACAUUCCAAGAAUGUGUGCAGUUAGAUAUCCUAACACUCGAAUAGGCUCCUUAGCUCUCUGCAGGGACCAGGCAAAACUCCUCACCCUCUGUGAUGACUACUCUGUGUGCAGCAACGAGUUCUUCUUUGACCGGGAUCCUGCCUUCUUUCACCACAUCUGCCAUUUCUAUGCAACUGGAGUGCUUUGGAUCAUAGUGGAAAUGUGUCCCAUCAGCUUUGAGGAAGAAAUUGCAUACUGGGGCCUGAGCCUGAAGGACACCCAGCUUUGCUGUUGGAUGGUGUUUCAGGAGAAGGUAGAUGAGGUGAAGGAGAACCUGAAGGUGGAAAGAGAACUAAUGGCUGAGGUCGAGGUAAAGUACAAUGAUGAGUAUUUCAAGGACAUGAUGUUUGGGGAUGUUCGGAUGACUAUGUGGAACAUUGUGGAGAAUCCGUACUCGUCAACUCUUGCGAAGACUUUCACUCUGCUCUCUAACAUUUUCGUGCUCUUGUCCAUCGCUGCGAUGUGUCUCAACACUGUGGAAGAACUACAGUCGUACACAAUUGAUGGCAAAACCUACAUGGAGUGGGGAGAGAUCGUCACCAUUGUGUUCUUCACCUUUGAGUAUUUGAUUCGUCUCAUCACCACUCCCGACAUUGUAUUAUUUUUGAAGAGCGGACUUAACUUUGUGGACAUGGUUUCGGUCAUGCCUUAUUUUGUCCAGAUCAUCUUUGAAGCCUUUACUGACUCCGAGGAUGUGAAUGCACAGGAAGACCUCAGGGCCAUGGCCCGGGUCAGUAAGCUCAGCCACGUCCUCAAAAUUGUCAAGUUGCUGCGGAUCUUUCGGAUUUUGAAGCUAGCCCGCCAUUCGACCGGCAUGAGGGCCUUUGCAUUUACUCUGCGGAGGUGCUACCAGGAGGCCUCUUGCAUUUUCCUCUUUAUCGCCUUGGGAAUCUUCACAUUCUCUGCUCUCCUGCAUUCAGCAGAAAGGGAAACCGAGGGCUCUCCCAUCAGCAGUAUCCCAUAUGCCUGGUGGUGGGCAGCAGUCAGUAUCUCCACUGUGGGCUAUGGGGAUGUGGUUCCUGUAACCAUCCUGGGCCGCAUCGUGGCCUUUGGAUGCAUUACUUUUGGGAUAAUCCUCAACGGCAUGCCGAUUUCCUUCCUGUUUAACAAGUUCUCUGAUUACUACAGCAAACUAAAGACCCAAGCUUACAAUUCUACCUCAGUCCAGCGCCACUUUCAGCUUAAGAAGAGACUCAAGCGUAAAAUGGAUGCAUGGUUCCAUCCCUUUGAAGAAGAUGACACCGCAGCCCAAUCCCCACGCUAAGUGCAUCUCAUACAUGACCACUGUGUACUGUGAACGUGCUGCAGC